CUGCCGCAUCGGAUCUCGAUAGUACAGACGUAUCUACUGCCGAAUCUCCAAUUCUAACAUCUACCACCGAAGAAGUUAAGGUCGUGGUUGCAAACACUGAGUCCAGUCUAUCUGUCAGUGGGUCAAGCUUGACACCUGAACCUGAAUCAUCAUCUGGAGACAUGGCCAUCGAGCUCACUCGAGACUCGUUCAUGUCACCGACGACUUCCAUCUCGAUAAUUAGCACUAACACCCAAGUACACCAAGCAAGCAUGAAGAAUUCUGGAGGCCUCACAGACGCCGCUAUUGGAGGUUCAAAAAUCCCAACACCUACUGUUUCAUCCAUGUAUAGUACAGAGGCGCCAGCAGUGAAAGCAUCAACUUCAAGGUCUCAUGAAAUUCAAACAUCAUCAGAUAUGGCUGGGACAGAUAAAGUGGUAUGGACAACAGGUUCAACUUCUUUUAUGAGCCUAGCAGAUCAAGAUGCUCCAGAUAUUAAAGAUAUAAACUUCAGCACAAAAUCCAUUCCAUCUGUCAUUGGUUCAACUAUGACACCUAAAACAGAAUCAUCAUCAAUCAGCAGCACCUUUUCCGAAGGUUCUGGAGAUGAGCUCACUGGGGAGUCUUUUAUUUCAACAACUAUUUCCUAUUCAUCAUUUAGCACUAAUACUCCAGUAGUGACAACAUCACAUGUAACAAGUGAGAUGGAGGACUCAUCACUUAUGCCUGAAAAGAAUGGAUCUUUUCCAGAAAAUCAGGAAGAGGGUUCAGGCGAACAAAAGACUGAAGUGUCACAAAAACUGCCAGCAUCUCCAAACACUUCCUUGUUGUUGAGCACCAAACAAACAACAGAAAGCCAUGAACCAGGCAUUACAGCAAUUACAGGAAAACCAUCAGUUUCUCUGGUGUCCAACAUGACCAAUCCAAUACCAACCAUCAGUGGCCCAACCAUGAGAAGUGAAGAGGCAUUAUUCUCUUCUACCACACUUACAGAAAGUUCUGGAGAUGGCGCUGAUGUUUUCAGUGGAGCGUCAGAAAUCACACCAACUUCUGUUUCCUCAAUGUUUAGCACAAAAACACCAAGAGCGACAUCGCAAGAAGAUGGGAUACAACACAGUUCAAAGAAACCCUUAACGACUGCUUCAUCCCUCUAUAGUACUGAAAAAACAACUCAAGUGCAUCCUGAAAUGCAAACAUCAUUAAGUUCAGCUACGAGUAAGGAAGUUUUGACUCUGACCCCAGUCGAUCAAGAUGGUUCAGGUGAACAGACUCAAAACUUGCUCCAUCAGACAUCUUCUCCCAACACCGAAUCUCCUCUUAAUAUUACUGCGGCAUCACCUGCAGAAUCUCCUGUGAGAUUAUCAACUCUUCCAGACAUUCCAAUUGAAAUUGUUAGCACUGAACUAAAUCCAUCGGUCAAUAAACCUAGCAUCACUCCCGAAACAGAUUAUUUUAGAGAUAUUGAUGAUGGAAUUAUGGGCGGUGUGCUAGUUGAGUCCUUACCUUCUUUACAUGGAACAACCAUGAUGCCUGGAAUGUCAAUAGACAUUGAAAGUUCUGGAGACUCCAUCAAUGAGUUUCCUGGAGAGUCAAAAGUCAAAACAACCACUGUGUCUUCACUGUUUAGUACAGAGACACCAGCUGUCACAGCAUCAGAUAAGGAUGUCACACAGGAUGAAAAAUCAAGUACUGCCACAUCAUCCCUGUAUAGUACUACGAAAAUGACUCCAAUAUCUCAUCACAUUACAACUUCUGUUCAAGUGCCAGUAGAUCAAGAUGGUUCAGGUGACCAAACCGAAGACAUUUUCAUUCAAACAUCUUCCAUUACUACUGCUACUCUGUCCAUCACUGAGGCACUAACAGAACCUCCGACUAGUCCACUUACGGUCACGAAUGUUGAGAAUUAUGAUGUAAGCACUGAGUCCAUUUCAUCAGUUAUUGGAUCAAGUAUAACACCUGAAACUGAAUCAUUGUCAUUAUUCAGCACAACUUUAAAUGAAGGUUCUGGUUCUUUUCUUUCUCUGAGUGAAUCAACCAUCCAACCUGCAAUGUCAUCAUUCUUCACUGUCACAAACACAGAUGGAUCUGGGGAUAGCAUUGAGGACUUUACUGGAACUAUUGAUUCAGUGUCUCGUACAGAUACAUCAGCGGCGACCGUAUCAUUUGGAAACGAAACUAAUACUUUCUCAAACGCCUCCAUUGCUGUGUCAUCCCUCCACAGUACUGAAGCACCAACAGCAGAACCUAUGGUCCUAUCUACGUCCGUCCUUGGAGCAAAUAUGACACCUGAAACAAAAAUUUCAGUCAGUACCAUUGAUGGCACAGUCACUCUCGUUGAUCAGACUGGAAAGUCAUUUAUUUCAGCAACAACUUCCUCAUCGUCAGUGUUUAGCACUGGCACCUCAUCAAUGACAGUAUCACAUGAAACACCUUCUGAACCCCAUGUACAUGUCAUAAAAAGUGAGGACUCAUCAUUAAUACCAGAGACUAUUCCCACUUCAACAGAUAUUGAAGAAGAGAGCUCAGGUGAACAAAUUACUAAAAUGACCCAAAUGGUUCUUUCAUCUCAGACGGCUAUAUCAGUGCUUCGCACAGAAAGACCAACACAACUGCCACUCCAGGAAAAAGAGACUUUUACCAAAGCUGAUUCUUUGUACAGUACUAGUCCCCUUGAGCCAGUGUCAAGUAAAACAACAGAAAGUUAUGAAAAGAGGUUGUUUUCAGUUACCACACCAGACUUUGAGAGUUCUGGAGACGACAGUGACGGGUUAACCAGAGAACCGAAAAUCACAUCUCCACUUGCAUCUGGAGUUAAUACAUCAGAUGGUGAUUCAACUAGUGACAUUUCAAAGACAUCUGUUACUGUUGCAUCGCCCUUCUUCAGUAUGGAGAAAGCAACUCCAACUGUAUCGUCUGCUCAUUUGGACAUCGAGGACGUCGAUGAUGAUGGAAUUAGCAAUGACACCAUGCUGGUUCAGGCUAUUCCUUCCCACAUCGGCUCAACCAUCAAACUUGGAAUCUUACCAUAUGCCACUACCUCAGAUUUUGAGAGUUCUGGAGACAGUUCAGAUGGAUUUAUGAAGGAGCCAGCAAGACCAACUGUUUCCUCAAUGGUCAGCACAGAGACACCAGCAAUGACAACAUCACAAGAAUCUCAAAACAGUCAAGUCUCAACAGUAUCAGGAACACAGUCAUCCUUCCAUCGUACUAAUGAACCUACUUCAGUGUCUCCGGAAAUACAAAACUAUGUGACUACAGCCAAGACUGAUGGAGUGAUGUUCACAAUUGGGACAAAACCAUCCCCUGAUCAUCUCGAAGGGUCGGGUUAUCAAACCCAAGACAUAUUUGCAAAGACAUCUUCUGUCUCCAACACUGAGAUGCCUGAAUUUGAGGCAACAUCUGCCGUAUCAACUGCAAAUGACAAGAGCAACAUGAAUGUAGCCAUUGAAGAAACAAUUACAAUUAUGAGCUCUGCGUCUUCCCUGAGCCCUGAGAAACAAUCACCAGAGUCAGAUUUGCUCACUUCUUCUGGUCAAGUAAAAGGCUUUACUGAAGCAACACCUACUUCCAAUCUCCAUGGCCAAGCUACAUUCCCAGGAAUCACUACUACAACAGCUGCACAGUCCAUAAACACACAAACUAAAAUACUACCGAGCACUUCAGCUAUUCCAAUCAUAAAUGAAUUUGAUGCAGGUUCUGCGAUCAUUAUUUCAGAACAGGACAGCUCAAAUGGACAAACAACUGAAAUUUUAACAGAAGAGUCUUCUAGUUUACCGUUUCUGUCAAUGACAGAUAAUACAGUGAAACAUAGCAGCCACUCAGCUGUUGUGAUUGGCACCUCUCAGGAGAUGUCUACAAAAUCUCCAGCUUCUCUUAAGCCUUCCAUUCAAAUAAUUGAUGACACAGAACUUAUUGAUCAAAACCCCUCGACAAAAGUCACAGGGAAAACAUCUGAAAACAUCUCUUCAAUGUUUAGUACAAAAACACCAACACUAUCAACAGCAUCAUAUUCAAUGGAAGGAAAUGGCAAAGAUUAUUCUCAUUAUAGCACUGAUACUCCAAUUUCACCCGUUACACAAAAGAACACAGACAAAAACAUGGUCACAGUGAUGUUGCCCACUGCUGAUAGGACAUUCACUGAGGAGCCUACAUCUCACCCUGUCUCAUCAACAUCUUUAUACAGCCCAAUGAAAGCUGCAACGACAACUAUUUCACUUCCAAGUACAACAGGUUCCGAUGGAGAAGUUAUCAACAUUCAGGAGGGCUCUGGAGACCUAACUUCUGCUUUGGCAGGCUUUACACUUGCCAACACAGAGUCCCCAGCAGCUUCAAAACACAGCAUCAGCACGGACAUGAAUUCAGCCUCAAGGAAAACUAUUGCUCCUACUACUCGUGCGACAUUUCCCACAAUUGAUGCAGGUUCAGAUGAUGUCCCAUCGGAUCCCGUCUCAACCAUGUUUAGCACAAAGAAACCAUUUUCAACCUUUGCAGGGCUAAACCCUUCCACCGAGGCUCAUACAGAAGAGGCAGCAAUUCAUGUUCUUUCAGAAUCUGUCAAUCCUACCACUGUUUCAAAACCCCAAGUGACUUCAGUGUCUUCUCUGUUUAGUACUAAGAAAACUACAUCAAUGACACCCAUUGAAGCUCGAAGCACAUCCUCUUUACCGGCUACAACAGAACAAAGUCGCAAUGCAGAGAGUCAAAAUGUUGGAAGCUUAGGAGAUGUCACAUCUGCUGUUACAACUGAUUUAUCCCCAGUAACACCAAAAGAAGAAUCAUCUGUAGAACAGGUAAUCUUGUCCAAAACCACCAUUACACCAUUAGUUACAGUUACAGGAGAAAGUUUGGGGGAUAGUUUGUUUGCUAUUUCAUCAAAUCCUCGUAUAAUUGAAGCGACUCAACCCAUGGAAGUGUCAAGUCACUCUCUGUUUCCUUCAAAAGAAUCUUCCGCUUAUGGUGACAUGGAGAGCUCUGGGCUUCCACCUGAAGAGGUUGAUUUAGAGAUAAGUUCAGAUGGAUCAGGUGGAGAUGUAGCGAUUGGUAAAACUGAUGAGACAAAACUGGACAAGACCACAGAUGAUUUGUUAACUCAACCGAGCAGGCAGUCCACACAGGAAUUUAUAUUAUCAACACAAUCCCCAGACAAGGCUAGCGAUGAGAUUUACAUAACUGAGCAAGGAAGUGGUGUCCUCGAUGAGGAUUUAACACCUGAGGAUACGGUCUUAACCUCAUCGCCCACAGCCAUCACAGCCACAAGUGGGACUGUUGAAACGUCACCUAUACCCUCAAAAAUUUCGAUACAUUCAGUCACUGUUAAACAACAUGCGACGAUGUCUACACCUACCAGUCAAGUAUCUGACCAAGAGUCAAGUAUAUAUGACUCAGACGAAGGCUCUGGAGGAGACAAUGUCUUCAGUACUAAAACCACAGCAACAAGAGAUUCAUCCUCUGGAUGGACAGCAUCCGAUGUAGUAACACUCUCAGCUUCUUCAUUGUUCAGCACUAAGAAGUCUGAAAUUAUUAGUGGAGCUGACAAUGGCAGAAAAACAACAAGCAUUUGGCCAUCUUUCUACAGUACUGUGAAACCAAUGCACAGUUUGGCACCUGAUGUUCCUGGCACCUCAAGUUAUGAAAGGCUGACAGUUUCAACAGUGAAGCCGAAAACAAUAUCACAUCUAGACGUGUUGCCGGAGCCUGGUAGUGGGGAGGCUGAAAUACUUCUAUCAACUGAUGCUUCAAGUCUCUACAGCACUGAGAAGGCAACUGCUACUUCCUUCAUGGAUCUUUCUAAGACACAAUCACAUGAACACAUUCAUGUAACAGAACAUGCAACAACUGCUACUCCUAAGACGCUCCUCACAACAUCAUUAUAUCCUAUAGCUACGGAAGGCUCCGCUGACGAGAUCUCAGAUGACACAACCGCUUCGCCAAUCAUAGUAACAUUUGAUCAUAGAAAUACUUCUACACUAUCCACUCUUUUGAGCACAGAUAAAGCCAUAAGGUCCCAAGAGCAGGAAACAAAUAAUGUAACCACAAUGCAACAUGAAACGGGAACUGUUUCACAUUCCUCUGACAGAAUAACAUUAAGCCCAUCACAGGAUGAGAGCACCGUGGACCAUGUCACAUCUUCAUUUACCAAAGACUCACUUUCUACAACUACAAUGUUUCCCAUUGACUGGUCAAGUCAGUACUUGGACCCAAGUGGCAUGCUUACUCAUGCUGAAGUGGAAUAUAAUACAUUUGAGCCCUCACCGACUAAUGUAAUAAUCUCACCUGAUACAACUUCACAAUCUAGUUCAUCUGCAAAACCAGAGGAAGAAACUACUUGGAUGAAAUUUGAAAGCUCUCCUGAAAGCUCAAGUGAGCACAGCCCACGUGGAAUAACUGAAUCAGCUUCAGUGCAACCAGAAAGUACCACAUCUUCAUUAAGUCCACCAGUAGAUGCCAUUUUAAAUGCUACCGAACAAGUAUCCUCUGAUGAAACUGUGACUUCAACUACAGCGGCACCAGAUACAGCUGGUGAAAGUUCCUCAGACAGUGAGGAAGCUUCUGUGUCAACAGAGACAAGUUUCAUCACCUCAACAGAAGAAGACGGUUCAGGGGUUACAAUACCAAGCAUCAACGAUGCAGACUUGGGUAGUUCAGCAUCACCUCAGACAGAGUCAUCUUUCUAUGAAGAAACAUCUGGUUCUACAUCUACUAAUACUCCAAUGACAGAUGAUUACUCAACCCUGUCCCCUGGCAUGUCCCAAAUUUCUACUGAGUCAGUAUCGACAGAUGUUGAGAAUAAGGAGACUCAAUUUAUUGACAUAACAACGCAUACUGGAGAGAGCACGACCAACUACCAAGUGGUGGCUACAACGAAACCAGAAGAACACAUUUCAGAAGUCCCUUUUGGAUCACUACCUUCAAAGGAAAGUAUUUUGGUGCAGUUUGUCACAACCUUUGCCCCUCCAAAACACCCAACACCCCCCCGAGAAUCAUUGGAGCCAGCCCAGUCAGAGAUUGCUAUCACGAAUCGCCCUCAGACUGAUUACUCCUCGGAAGAUGUAUCACCGACCAGUCUCACGUCUGCAAGACAGUUUGAGGAAUUAACAACCAUUGCCCCUUCAGUCGCUGAGCCUGUGUCCACCACGGUGGCUUUAGCUACAAUUGACCUUACAGAGGAACUAGUUUCAAGUGGUGAAAUGACUGAAUCACCUCCAGAAACAGAUGUCCGAGUAACACAGUCUCCACCUGACAGCGUUUAUGAAGACCUAACUGAAGAGACGCCAGACUAUGAGGAAUUAAAUCCCAACAUAGUAGAGAGUAUUCCAGAAGACACUGAAAGUAUAAAAUCAACAGAAACAACAAUGUACACUACUAGGAAAGCUGCUGACAGUCAGCCUUCAGACUCACUGAACAGUAUCGGAAGAGAAACAGUCACUUCUGCAUUGUCCGGAAACUUUAUCACCACAACAUACCCAGGAUCAAAUGAUAUCCAGACAGUCUUCAAGGUAGAUUUUACCACCACUGCAUCUAAGGUGGAGUCAACGACCGUUCAUAGCGUUGGCAUAGAGGAGGGUGCAGAUAAGAUAGAACAAUCCACGGUAAAGCCACAAGUCCAAGAGUUCACAAAGAUGACACCAGCUGAAACACAAAGCCAGAAUGCAUCAGUGGACCCCACCCAACCGCUUUCCGGCAAGGAUCACAAACUCGACAGUGACAUAACUCCACCUCCAUUGCUCACUGAAGGAGAAACACAUGACCCAGCACGUGACCUGGGCGACACCAUUGAAGGAGAGACUGUUGUCAUUUACGUAAUUGAAUCGUGUCUCGAAAACAUUUGUUUGAAUGGAGGAUCUUGCUUCAUGAGUGGCAGCAUCCGAAUCUGCAACUGUGCACCGGGCUAUGAUGGUGAUCACUGUGAAACAGACAUUGAUGAAUGCCAGUCCAACCCUUGCCGCAAUGGAGGUACAUGUGUUGAUGGGGUGGCUUCCUUCGCUUGUCUCUGCCUCCCGAGCUACUCUGGGCUGUUUUGUGAGAAGGAUACAGAGACGUGUGCGUAUGGCUGGCACAAGUUUCACGGCCAGUGCUACAAAUAUUUCCCAAGUAGAAGAAACUGGGAUACAGCAGAGAGAGAUUGCCGGAUACAAGGGGCUCACCUGACGAGCAUCCUUUCCUAUGCGGAGCAAAUUUUUGUCAACCGUCUCGGACAGGAUUACCAGUGGAUUGGCCUGAAUGAUAAAAUGUUUGAUAGUGACUUCCGCUGGACUGAUGGGAGCCCCACGCACUACGUAAACUGGAGGCCCAGCCAGCCCGACAGUUUCUUCUCUUCCGGGGAGGACUGUGUGGUGAUGAUCUGGCAUGAGGACGGCCAGUGGAAUGACGUUCCGUGCAACUACCAUCUCACCUUCACGUGCAAGAAGGGCACAGUGUCAUGCAGCCAGCCUCCUCUGGUGGAAAACGCACGGACCUUUGGGAGGCAACGUGAACGCUAUGAGAUCAACUCGCUGGUGAGGUACCAGUGCGGCAUGGGAUACAUUCAGAGGCACCUCCCAACCAUCCGUUGUCGAGGCAAUGGACACUGGGACAUUCCCAAAAUCACCUGCAUGAACCCAUCCAACUAUCAAAGAAACUUCUUUAGGAAACAUCACCACACAAGGGUGUACAGCAUCACCCACUUCAGGCAAUGGCCGGAUCAGCAGGCCUUCCGUCUCCACCAUCAGCGUUACAGGGGACGGAGAGAUAAGCCGGAAAACAAACGGAAGAGGAUGUGAUGACCAAUGUGGAUCGAGGACAGAUCAAUUAUUUGUGCGCCAAAAAAAAAAAAAAAUGGAACAAGCACAAGGGAAUACAAACAACCUAGAGGACCUGCAUUGGGGAUGACAAUGGAAUCUUAGGGAGUGCCUUUUAAAGAAAAUGAUUUUUUCCAACGAGAGACACUGAUUUUUAACAUGGCCUGCGUGGAGAUAUAUUUUCAACUGGC